UCAAUAGUAUGGCUUUCAAUCAAAUAUAUGUCUCACAGAAAAAUAUCGACAAAUAAGCGAUUGUUUCGCAAACGUCUGAAUUCACUCAAAACGAGACUUCAAACAGAGGUCAACACUUGUGUGUUGAAUGAAAAUCUGACGUUCACUACAUAUGCCGGUGCACUGACCAGUGAUGGACAGAACCCACAUAAGCACCGGUCGCUAACUAUACUGUUUUGUUGGAUGUUUGCAAAGGACAGACAUAUCGAUAAGUAUCGCAAACUAUAUCUCAAUAAAGGUUUCGAUGUAUUGACUGUUAAAACAAAAGUUUUGGACAGUCUAUUGCCAACAGUGGGCGCACAGGUAGUCGCAUACUAUGUGGUGGACUUUCUACGAGUACUGGGAGAUAGAUAUGAUUCGUAUGUAUUUCAGAUGUUUUCAAUCGGCGCCUAUCAGAUGGGAGAAGUGUUGGUCCAUUUAGACAGACCAGAAAAUCAAGAUGUUUUGCUUCAAACAAGACAAUCAUUGAAGGGUUAUGUCAUGGAUUCAGUGAUGGAUGUGCCGACGGCCCACAUAGGUCUGGCCAGAGCGUCGACAACCAACCUAUUAUUACAAACAUUGAUAUCAAACUCAAUGAACUUAUAUAUGCAUUUGUUUAGCAAUUCUGUGACCAAACACUACACCAAUUCCUCAAAUAGUAUUCACAGAAAUGAUUUGCAAUGUCCGGGACUUUUCCUCUUCUCCAGUGAUGAUGUUGUGGCCGAUCCUAACGGUCAAUAUCUAGUGAUGAAUAAAUGGCAAUCAAAUGGUGUACCAGUGUUUCACAAGUGUUGGCAAAGUUCAGCACAUGUUAGCCAUUAUUUCAAAUAUGCCGAUCAAUAUGAACAACAUUUAAAUGAUUUCUUAAAAUAUUGUAAACUUUAUUAACAAAUUUUUUAUAUAUUGUUUUGUUGUAUGGUUUGAUGUUUUAUU